AGAUCCCGGACCUCUCAGGGGACAGCGGGCGGGGCCUGAUCCACCCUCUGGUUUCUGACCCUAGAAGACCUGCCUUUCUUCGGUUCCCGGUUACUGGCAGCAGCCCCCUCCUCCCACAAAAGAUCAGCUUCCAAGCUUGUCCUUUUAAAAGUACUUAGAAUUUAGCCCCCAGCUCUCUCCUCCCUCACACCCAGGAAUCCAGGCCCCUAGCCCCUCCUCCCUCAGACCCAGGAGUCCUGGCCCCUAGCAGCCCCCUCCUCCCUCAGACCCAGGAGUCUCAGCCCCUAGCAGCCCCCUCCUCCCUCAGACCCAGGAAUCCAGGCCCCCAGCGCCUCCUCCCUCAGACCCAGGAGUUCUGGCCCCUAGCAGCCCCCUCCUCCCUCAGACCCAGGAGUCUGGGCCCCCAGCCCCUCCUCGGUCAGACCUAAAUCCCAGGUCCCAGCCCCUCCUCCCUUAGAUUUAGGAGUCCAGGCCCCCAGCCUCUCCUCCCUCAGACCCAGGAAUCCAGGCCCCCAGCCUCCUCCCCUCUCAGAACUAAAAUCUUGGCCCCCAGCCCUUUAUGUUUCAGAUCCUAGAGUCUCAGCACCGAGUCCUCCUGAGUCCCUCCUCUCCCUAGCCUCAGGAGUCUGAGAUUCCAGCCCCUCCUCCCUCAAGAUUUCACGUUCAGUCCCCUCCGCCCCUUCUCACUCACACCCAGUGUUCCAGUUCCCAGAAGCUCCCCAGGCUCUAGUGCAGGAGGAGAAGGAGGAGGAGCAGGAGGUGGAGAUUCCCAGUUAAAAGGCUCCAGAAUCGUGUACCAGGCAGAGAACUGAAGUACUGGGGCCUCCUCCACUGGGUCCGAAUCAGUAGGUGACCCCGCCCCUGGAUUCUGGAAGACCUCACCAUGGGACGCCCCCGACCUCGUGCGGCCAAGACGUGGAUGUUCCUGCUCUUGCUGGGGGGAGCCUGGGCAGGAAAUACACAGUACGCCUGGGAGACCACAGCCUACAGAAUAAAGAUGGCCCAGAGCAAGAAAUACCUGUGGUGCAGUCCAUCCCACACCCCUGCUACAACAGCAGCGACGUGGAGGACCACAACCACGAUCUGAUGCUUCUUCAACUGCGUGACCAGGCAUCCCUGGGGUCCAAAGUGAAGCCCAUCAGCCUGGCAGAUCAUUGCACCCAGCCUGGCCAGAAGUGCACCGUCUCAGGCUGGGGCACUGUCACCAGUCCCCGAGAGAAUUUUCCUGACACUCUCAACUGUGCAGAAGUAAAAAUCUUUCCCCAGAAGAAGUGUGAGGAUGCUUACCCGGGGCAGAUCACAGAUGGCAUGGUCUGUGCAGGCAGCAGCAAAGGGGCUGACACGUGCCAGGGCGAUUCUGGAGGCCCCCUGGUGUGUGACGGUGCACUCCAGGGCAUCACAUCCUGGGGCUCAGACCCCUGUGGGAGGUCCGACAAACCUGGCGUCUACACCAACAUCUGCCGCUACCUGGACUGGAUCAAGAAGAUCAUAGGCAGCAAGGGCUGAUUCUAGGAUAAGCACUAGAUCUCCCUGAAUAAACUCACAACUCUCUGGUUC